UGUGUGGCUGGAUUCGGCCGCCGCUGUGGUGUUAGUCGUGUGUUCGGGCUCCCGCUGUCCCUGCACACGCACCGCGGCUUCUGUCUUGCGGUCCGCCGUUCGACAGCCAGCCUUCGGGCCCUCCGCCCGCCACGAACAUGCCGCGCGUCUACAUAGGACGCCUUAGCUACAACGUCCGGGAGAAGGACAUCCAGCGCUUUUUCAGUGGCUAUGGUCGCCUCCUCGAAAUAGACCUCAAAAAUGGGUACGGCUUCGUGGAGUUCGAGGACUCCCGCGACGCCGACGACGCCGUUUACGAGUUGAACGGCAAGGAGCUUUGCGGCGAGCGCGUGAUCGUGGAGCACGCCCGCGGUCCGCGCCGCGAUCGUGACGGCUACAGCUACGGAAGCCGCAGUGGUGGAGGUGGAUACAGCAGUCGGAGAACCUCUGGCAGAGACAAAUAUGGACCACCUGUUCGUACAGAGUUCAGGCUUAUUGUAGAAAAUCUUUCUAGUCGUUGUAGUUGGCAAGAUUUAAAGGAUUUCAUGAGACAAGCAGGUGAAGUAACCUAUGCGGAUGCUCACAAAGAGCGCACAAACGAAGGUGUGAUUGAGUUUCGCUCCUACUCUGACAUGAAGCGUGCUUUGGAUAAACUGGAUGGUACAGAAAUCAAUGGCAGGAAUAUUAGGCUCAUUGAAGAUAAACCACGAACAAGUCAUAGGCGGUCUUACUCUGGAAGCAGAUCAAGGUCGCGAUCUAGAAGAAGGUCCCGAAGUAGGAGUCGCAGGAGCAGCCGCAGUAGAUCUCGAAGUAUCUCUAAAAGUCGCUCCCGAUCCAGGUCUCGGAGCAAAGGUCGAUCACGUUCUCGAUCAAAAGGCAGGAAAUCUAGAUCAAAAAGCAAAUCCAAGCCCAAGUCUGAUCGGGGCUCCCGCUCGCGAUCUCGAAGCAGAUCUAAGGAUGCAUAUGAGAAAUCUCGAAGCAGAUCUCGUUCUCGAUCUCGUUCCCCCAAAGAAAAUGGGAAAGGUGAUAUAAAGUCAAAAUCUAGAUCAAGGAGCCAGUCUCAUUCCAAUUCGCCUGUACCUGCUCCACCCUCAAAGGCUCGUUCUGUAUCCCCUCCACCAAAAAGAGCUUCAAGAUCCCGUUCUAGAUCUCGUUCAAAGUCAAGGUCACGGUCCAGAUCAAGUUCCAGGGAUUAACCCAGAACUCUGUGUUCUUUGCACACUAUUACAGAACACUUUCCUACUUGCUUAGGCAGUUAUUCUUCCAUGUUUGUACUUGGCCUCUUCUGCAAGAGGAAUCUACUGAAAACUGGGGCACACAGAAAUUUGAUUUGUGGCCAAAUUUGAUGAAAAAAAUGAGGUUCUAAGGAAAUGGUGGCAUGAAGUCAAAGACCCUCUCUCCCUUCUUUGUAGAAUUAAGAAAACUUUGAUUUUAUAGCUUUUGAGCUAAAAUAACUUUUGUAAAGAUUAAGCUCGUUUAGAUUUUUUUUUAAGUAUUUCAGCAGGAUUUGCUGCAGGGGUUUUGUUGUUUUGUUUGCUUACUUUUAAAUUAACCAUUUCAAGCUUUGAAUACUUAAGGCUUUAGAGGGAGAACCCAAUUUUCAAUUAUGUUGGCUUUUUAUAAAGCUUGAGUUAUGUAAGAUUUAAAUAAAAGUUUGCUACCAAGAUGAUUUGCCUUAUUGAACAGGUCACUACUAAAUUCCUUUAAACAUUAAUUACUAUUUGUGGAACAGUGUAAAUUAUACUUAAAGUGUGGAAGUGUGGAAGAAGGCAAGCCUCAGACCAGCAAUAAAUUAUUCAAUUUGGAUAA